AGACGCUCGAGUAAGUGGCUGGUGCGGCCCUUUUUCUAUCCAGCUCCAUCCUCGCGGAUCCGGCCCUCUCCGCUCCCCUCGGUGCUGUCAGUCGGCUACUCACCCCUAACUGCGCGAGGAAGGCAACGGAGGGCGAGAAAUGGCUCCCCGUAAGGGUAAGGAAAAGAAGGAAGAGCAGGUUAUAAGUUUGGGACCACAGGUUGCUGAAGGAGAAAAUGUGUUUGGAGUUUGCCACAUCUUUGCUUCCUUCAAUGAUACAUUUGUCCAUGUAACUGACCUGUCUGGCAAGGAAACUAUCUGCCGAGUAACUGGUGGCAUGAAAGUGAAGGCCGACAGGGAUGAGUCUUCUCCUUAUGCUGCUAUGCUGGCUGCUCAAGAUGUAGCACAAAGAUGCAAGGAACUGGGAAUCACUGCCCUUCAUAUCAAACUGCGGGCUACGGGUGGAAAUAGAACAAAAACUCCUGGACCUGGAGCUCAGUCAGCUCUCCGGGCUUUGGCUCGGUCUGGCAUGAAGAUUGGGCGCAUUGAGGAUGUUACCCCCAUUCCUUCAGACAGCACUCGCAGAAAGGGCGGUCGCCGUGGUCGUCGUCUGUAAAAUAGGGGCUGUUGUAUUUCAUCAUUAAAGCUUUCCAAUAUA